GCUCUGUGGACGCAUUUCCACAAACGGAACCGUACGUGUUGCAAUACAAAUGUAAUGUGGACUUUGCCUUGUGCUGUGUUAACGUUACCAAUGUGGUCUGAUGCAUUACAACAGCUACACUAUUUAAAGAAACGGAACACACCGUAGCAUAAUUGGUCACAAAGAUUUCCCGGCGCCGAUUCUUCACAAUUAUCCUGAUAGUGUACCUCUCGUCUGUCAGGUACAGAGAUAAUCUCCAUUCUGCUGGUCGCAUACGCAGCUAGUCAGACAUGGUGACCUUUGAAUCUGAAACUCAAACACAGCGGCAACAGCGAGUAGGGUUAAAUACAGUACCCGACUCUGAUUGAAUCAUACUUGUUUUGUUUUUGGAAAGUGUGCUCUAUCGUCGGAAUUGACCGAGGCUUUGCAAGAACCGGGAAGCCAAGAAAAUGUUAUCUUUCAUUCGGUCUUGGCUCCCGGGCUUGCCCAGUUUCCAAUGGAGUAUUCUCAGUACCAACCCCAUCGACAGCGUACUGCAAGGUAUGACCGGAGCCUGCGGUAUCUCAGUCCUGUGUAAUUUAAUGAGAGUUUACCUGUUCAUAAAGUGCUUGAGUGACCCUGAGCGGCUCAGCGCACAGAGGGACCGGCUUCGCUCCUCUCGCUUCUUCACAGAGAUCCUGCACCUCUGCGUUCUGUCAAGCAUCCUGUCUGUGGUGGGGGCGCGGGUGGGGGCUCUGGUGGUCCUGGAGUUCUCUCUCAGGGCUGUGUCUACGAUGCUGUCCACUAGGAAGGGCAGUCAGAACAGCCAGUUGUUCCUGCUCUGUCAGUACUCCCUGGGCUGUGCGCUGACCAGCAGUCUGAGCUUCCUCCAGGAGGGGGCGCCCCACCGCACGCUCAGCCUGCUCCUCGGCGCCGGGCUGGCAGGGCUGCUCACGUGGCACACCCAGGCUCUGGUGCGGCAUGUGGGCACCAUGUACGAGCUGCACAGCAAACAGCGCUACUGUGGGGUCUGCAUCACCCUGCUCACCUGCUGGCACGACAUCCCUGCCCUCCUCACCACCGCGCUCAAGAUCACCUUCGCUGUGGCUGGCAUGGCCGCUGUCUACCUCAUCAACAAGGACUUCCUGUCCACCUCCGAGGCUAUGCGCUUCUGGACCCCACUGACCAUCUGCUACACGCUGCUGGUCAUCUACAUGCAAGAGGAGCAGCAGUAGAACCCCAGCGAGGAGAUGGCCCUCCAGACGGUGUUUGUGCGCAUGGGCGGCCUGCUCAUCCUCAUGCUGACUGUGGGGAAGUGGCUGGAUGUGCUGCACAUCCUGGUGUCUCUGCUGGGGGAGGUGUGGUGUCUGCUGCGGGCCAGGGCCAUGCUGGAGGUGUGCCGGAGCCAGGACUGCUCUGAUUCUGAGGGGGUCUACAGGAGAGGGGCUGAACGAUGGAGUCCAAACACAGGGUCACCCAGAGGUCAUUCCCCCACCAUUGAGGCCAGCAGCCAAUAGGAGCACACCGGAGAGGGGCAGGGACACCCCCACAAUGAGCUGACAUGCAGAAUAGCUUACAAGCUACAGCAAAUAGCCACUGUGAUGUGAGAUAAAAUGCCAUGCAUAUAAAAAAAAAAGGAGGAAUAUUUUUUUAAUUAAAUCUUCUAUUGUGUUGUCACGAGCAGAAACAGUGUGUAUAUGAAGAUGUUUGCAUUCAAUGUGUGGAUGUUUUAGAGGUCAUAAUUUGCUGUAUAAAUAUAUUGUAUAUAUUCCAAAUCAUAGUGUUGCACAGCAUACCUAUGUCUCAGGUAAUGGAUUUGUCAUUGAUAAUACAGUGCCACCAAAAUUA